GCAGUGUCGUGGGUUGUGCUCCUGCCCUACCUGUAUUUGUCCACGUCUCCUUCGAAGCAAUGAGGCCCCCUCCUUUCCCCUCGUGUGUGUUGUCUUGGCAUGUGAGCCUUGGCCUGGCCUGGCCGCCUGGCCUGGCCCCCUGGAGCAACACAGUGGUGGUGCUGGACAUUUGUUUUCGGGGUUUCGCUUCAUGUCGGGGAGAUAAAUCCAGAGGCCAGUACGUAAAGCAGCUUAAAUACCACUUCAGCCUUGCGUUGCGUUCCUUGCCUUGCCUUGCCUGCUUGCGUGCAGUGCAGUGCAGCUCACAGCCUCACACCAUAUCGCUCUGCGGUGCUAGCUCCAGGCCUUUAUCAAGCCUUCCCUGCCCCCCUUGAUAAUUCCAGAGAGAGAGAAGGCGCGCAGCUAGGGAGGUGCAGAGAGAGGAGCGGCAAGGCGUGGGCUGUGGGCACACAUGGCGAGUGAGGAGGUCGCCACCACAGUGUGUGCCGACGCCGACCAAGAAGCAGCGGCGGCGGCGGCGGCGGCCAUGAAGGAGGAAGGAGGAAGGGGCAAGAGGCGGCGGAGGAGGCAGCCGAGGAAGGGAGAGGAGGAAGGCGGGAGGAAGAAGUACGCGCUGGUGAGCUACCACGAGCUGCCCGAGUACAUGAAGGAGAACGAGUUCAUCCUCAACUACUACCGCUCCGAGUGGCCCGUCCUCAACGCCGUGCUCAGCCUCUUCUCCUGGCACAACGAGACCAUCAACGUCUGGACGCACCUGCUCGGGUUCAUGCUCUUCUUCGGUCUCACCCUGGUGCACCUCGGCCAGUACUUCCCCCAGGUGGCUGAUCUGAUUGGGCAUCUCUCCUGGCCAAUCUCGAAGGUCGCUGAAAAUGUCUCCAGCAAUAUUGGAGAUGUCCUAUCAGGCGCGGCCAUGUUCAUCCAGACGAACCCGAGCCUGGCCUCGCAUGGCACGGCGGUGGCGUCGCAGACGACGCGGUGGCCCUUCUUCGUGUUCCUGGCGGGGGCCAUGUUCUGCCUGCUGAGCAGCAGCGCGUGCCACCUGCUGUCGUGCCACUCGCACCGGCUGAACCUGCUGCUGAUCCGCCUCGACUACACGGGCAUCGCGGUCAUGAUCGUGGUCUCCUUCUUCCCGCCCAUCUACUACAUCUUCCAGUGCGAGCCGCGCUGGCGGGCGGCGUACCUGUCGGCGAUCACGGCGGCCGGGGCGGGCACGGUGUACGCGCUCAUGUCGCCCCGCCUGAGCGCGCCGCGCUACCGCGCCCGCCGCGCGCUGCUGUUCGUCGGCAUGGGCCUGUCCGGGGUGGUCCCCGCGGCGCACGCGGCCGCCGCCAACUGGCACGAGCCGCGCCGCAACGUCACGCUGGCGUACGAGGGCGCCAUGGCCGCGUCCUACCUGGUCGGCACCGCGUUCUACCUCGCCCGGGUGCCCGAGCGCUGGCGCCCCGGCGCCUUCGACCUCGCCGGCCACAGCCACCAGAUCUUCCACGCGCUCGUCAUCGCCGGCGCGCUCGCGCACUACGGCGCCGCCAUCGUGUUCCUCAGGGCUCGCGACGAGAUGGGCUGCCCGGCCAGUUAGGUGCUCAGACAGUACGGGCGCGCCGGCCGGAUGCUUGCCCGCGACGACAUUAUAUUUGCGGGUGUCCGUCCAGUGAUCGAUACGAUAUGAUGAUUGGGAAAGAAGAAACUAAACCAUAUUUUUUUUUGUUUACACCUUUUCCUUACAGCAGCAGCAGCAAGUGUGCGAGAUUCAUCGUUAAUGACAGAGAGUUGAUUGGCGUCAGUCACAGAUUCCUUGUCAAUUUGUACAUAGACGAAGCUCAUCGAGUAAUGAUUGAUUAAUACAUUCUUUCGAUCGGUUUGAAAA